UGUCAGAGGGAGCAGCCAUGCAGGUGCUCACAAAGCGCUACCCCAAGAACUGCCUGUUGACUGUCAUGGACCGCUACUCGGCUGUGGUGCACAACAUGGAACAAGUGGUGAUGAUCCCCAGCCUUCUGCGUGACGUACAGCUGAAUGGGCCUGGGGGCCGAGCACAGACGGGGGCCCCUGAUCUCUACACCUACUUCACCAUGCUCAAGGCCAUCUGUGUGGAUGUGGACCAUGGGUUGCUGCCCCGGGAGGAGUGGCAGGCCAAGGUGGCAGGUGGCGAAGUGGAAGAGGCUGAGAAUGAAGCUGCUGAGACGGAGGAGGCUGAGGAGGAGAGGAUCUCAGGGGAGCUGGACCUGGAAGCCCAGUUCCAUCUGCACUUCUCCAGCCUCCAUCACAUCCUCACCCAUCUCACUUUGAAAGCACAGGAGGUGACGAGGAAAUACCAGGAAAUGACGGGACAGGUCCUGUAGGCCUUGGACUCUAGGGAAGUUCAUCUAUGCAAUAGAAGACGGACUCUACGAAGGACAUGCAGCUGUUUGCUAGCUCUGACAACGAGAUCAGAAAAGCCUAGGCCUGCAGCAGGAAGUGAAGUCAAGCAACUUUGGUCUCUGAUCUGCUUCCCUACCUGCCUCUGCACACUAAUUUGCAGACUCUAGUCACUGGCUCACCUUUAGGAUGUUGCUAUUCAUAACUCCCUUGCUCCUCUUAUGGGCUUGGGAUGGUACAGUAGUCAGCUUUCAUCACUUUCUAUAAAAAUACCUGAUAGGAGCGUCUUCAGAAGGAAGGUUUGUGGUUUGGAGAAUCACAGGCCAAGAUGGAUGGGAGAAUCACAGGCCAAGUGGUUCAACAUCUGGAGCAGCCAGAGCUUGGUGGAGGGAUAUUACACGGCUAACCAGGAAGAAGGAACAAGGAGACUCAUCUGUUCUCUGUGGUCUCAUAAUGCCAUCACAGUUGAAUUCCUGGGCACCACCUCAUUGGCUUUAUAAAAUCCAAUCAUUUCCCUAAGGCCCCAGCUUCAGACACAACUGGAUGAAACCUCCGACCUUACCAACAAACUGUUUAUCUAUUACCUAAAGCUUUGGAGCUUCUUAGGUUUGGGGAGUUACGUGCUGUUCAAACCUUACAGGUGGCUCAUGUGGGACAAGUUACCUAUCUUCUGAUAUGGUCAAGAACAUAGGUGUUAGUUUGUGACCAAAACUCACAUCCCUCUUCUUGGCAAUCAUUCACUGUGGAACCUUGGG